AUGCAACUGCCGACGUCCUCUCAGGCCCUCCUGCUAGCCGCAACCCUCUUCGCCGGCUCCGCCUUUGCUGCCGAUUGCUUCCUCGGUUCAGAAGGCGUCGCGCCAUUCACUUCGACGGACGGACUUGCCAUAGCCGACGAUAUCACGGCUGGCACUGUCUUCACCUUCCCACUCGAGGUCAAGGCUCAGCAAGUCGGCUCAGCCACGGCCGGGACCGCAACUUUGUGCGUAGUCAACGGCUUCUUCUUUGACAACACGCAUGUGGCGGCGAGCGAUGUGGAUUUCGCGAUCCGCGACAUUAUCAGUCAGUGUUCGGAGGAUGGCACAAGCAAUGGUGGCAAUUUCAAGAUCAAGGGUGACACUGGUCUCGAGAUCGCCAUCGAUGUGAUCCCGACCGCGUUUGGUAGAUGCAGAUCGAAUUAG